AUGUCAAAUUCCUGUGAGGUUUUGCAAGCAAUUCCGAAACUAGACAGAGCAGCCGAAAUUGAUAUUGAAGCAAGGCAUCUACCCACAACAAAAGCUCUUGGUAUGACAAGGAAGGCAGAGAAAGAUACAUUCAUAUUCAAAGUUGGUGAAGAGUUAAAGUAUCCACAAACACUCACAAAACGAAAUGUUCUCAAAACAGGAGCAAGGAUAUUUGAUCCUCUUGGAUUUAUAGCUCCAAUAACUGUGAAAGGAAAGAUCUUAAUGCAGGAAAUUUGGUUGAAUAGAAUUGACUUGGAUGAAAAAGUUAGUGAAGGAAUAGCACAGAAGUUUCAUCAAUGGUUUUCUGAACUGACUGAACUUAAAAAGGUUGAGAUUCAACGUUGCAUUAUAGAAAACAAUGUGGAUUAUCUAGUGACAGAACUGACUUUACACACAUUUGUUCAUGAUUCAGCCAAUGCUUAUGGUGCUUCAGUGUAUGCGAGAUGUGAACAUGAAAAUGCACCAUUAAGUGUUAGGUUCAUCGCUGGAAAAAGCAGAGUAGCACUAUUAGAGUCGACAAGUAUUCCAAGACUGGAAUUGUUAGCUGCUAUGAUAGGACUGAAACUAGCCCAAGCAACAUGUAAAGCACUAAAUAUUGACAUUUCAACUGUAACAUUUUGGUCUGACAGCAGGAAUGUGUUACAAUGGAUAAGAAAUCAAAGUCGUCAGUUUAAAACAUUCGUUGCAAAUCGAAUCGGUGUAAUACAUAGGACCACUACCCCACAACAAUGGAGACAUGUUUCGUCGAAAGAAAAUCCAGCCGAUGUAGUUUCUCGUGGUCAAACUUUGAAUGAACUUAUUGAUUCAAAGUUCUGGUGGCAAGGACCAGAAUUUCUCAAAAAACCUGAAAGCGAAAGGCCUGUAAACAAGGUUGAAAUGAGAGGAUGUUCUAAAGAUGAGAUGAAAUCAAAAGUCAUGCUGUUUAAUUCCGAUACAGAAAAAGAUGCGAAAUGGCGUUUGAAAGCGAAAAACUACUCGCAAUGGAAAAAAUGUUUGUCAGAAUAUUUGCUUGGGUAG